CAGAAGUACGACCCGCAGCACGAGCGGGAGCUCCGUGCCUGGAUCGAGGGGACCACGGGGCGCCGGAUCGGGGACAACUUCAUGGACGGGCUCAAGGACGGCGUCAUCCUCUGCGAGCUCAUCAACAAACUGCAGCCGGGCUCGGUGCCCAAGGUGAACGAACCCGUCCAGAACUGGCACAAGCUGGAGAACAUCGGGAACUUCCUGAGGGCCAUCACGCGCUACGGGGUGAAGCCCCACGACAUCUUUGAGGCCAACGACCUCUUCGAGAACACCAACCACACCCAGGUCCAGUCCACGCUCAUCGCCCUCGCCAGCCAGGCCAAGACAAAGGGGAACAAGGUGGGGCUGGGGGUGAAAUACGCCGAGAAGCAGCAGCGGCGCUUCCACCCCGAGAAGCUGCGCGAGGGCAGGAACAUCAUCGGGCUGCAGAUGGGCACCAACAAGUUCGCCAGCCAGCAGGGCAUGACGGCGUACGGGACACGGCGGCACCUGUACGACCCCAAACUGGGCACGGACCAGCCCCUGGACCAGGCCACCAUCAGCCUCCAGAUGGGCACCAACAAAGGCGCCAGCCAGGCGGGGAUGACGGCGCCGGGGACGAAGCGGCAGAUCUUCGAGCCGGCGCUGGGCAUGGAGCACUGCGACACGCUGACCAUCGGGCUGCAGAUGGGCAGCAACAAGGGCGCCUCGCAGCAGGGCAUGACGGUGUACGGCCUGCCGCGCCAGGUCUACGACCCCAAGUACUGCGGCGGCCCCGAGCUGCUGGGCCACGACGGCCUCGACGGCCACGACGGCCUCUACAACUCCCAGUAGCCGCCGGCCCGCGGCCGCUUGCACCCCAACACCGCUCGUCACCGGCCUCACCGCGCCCCGCCGAGCCGCCACCGGGGCUGGCACCGGGGGCACCGGCCCCGGGAUCGGCUCCAGGAUCAGCCCCGGGGGAACCGGCCCCGGGGCUGGCACUGGGGGAAACCGGCCCCGGGAUCAGCUCUGGGAUCGAUCU